UUUUAUUACUUUUGCUUAUCGAAAUGUCCCCAAGAGAAGGAGGAGUAGGAAGACUGUAAAACUCUGCUUGUCUCUUUCUUUUGGCUACUUUCUUUGUUGUUGGAGUGCACGGUUAUAAAUAUAAAGUGAAACGCGCUGCUUAGCACUUUUUGAGGAGCUUGUAACUUACUCUCCGUUUCCGUUAGUGCAGCUUUGCUCAUUGACGAUGGGGGCGACUGAACAGUUAUGUACUUUAAGUCCGACAUUUCAUCACCAAAAAGGACGAAAAUUGGGAUUCAAAUAACGGGAUUGUCAGAGUGCACCGCAAAUGAUUUUUGGUGUCGUCACUGAUGGCGAACCGGAGCUGAAUGGAGGUUGACUUCCGCCCCCUCUGAACAUGCUGGCUCUGAGAGUGGAGCAAGGCAAGCGAGGGGGUGCUAAAAUCGAACAUUGGCAGAAAGGGGCUGCCGUCGGACGGCAGGACCAGCGGUCUCCCGAGCAAGGCUGUAACAUCAGACAGAGGAUCUCUCAGUGGGAAGGUCGCAGCCAGCAGGCGAACCCCGUGCCUGGUGAAUGUCUGAGCAAUGGAUGUUCAAACAAGGGCAUGCCUGGAGGCCUCCAUGCUAAAGAUCUGAGCUUGGCUUCAGAUGUUUGGGAAUCCAAAGCAUUAACCGCUAGCCCAGGACACAAGGCACCGCAAAGACCCAAGUCUCCUGCUGUCCCUGGCGGACAAAAAUCACAAUAUAUUUCAGAUUUGGGUAUUGUGACGAAGAUUCUACCUCUGUCAGCUGACGAUCUGGAAGAUGACAUGCCCACCGGGAACUUCUACAUGUCAAGGAGCUUCUGGCGGAGCCUCGAGGGGGACCGGCUGCUCUGGGAAAAAGGCAAAAAGUCCCUCGGGACGGUUCAGCCGCCGCCCAAACCUCAGCGAACGUUUCAGUACGAGGGAGACAAAAAUGACACCAGGAAGUGGAGCAACCAGCCCGGUGGCAGGGCUCGAAGGGUAGCUCACCCGCCAAGCUUCCCACCUCCACCAUGUCCUGUCCCCAGGACCAACGGUCUUUCCAGGCAUAAAAAUAACAGGAGGUCCUUUGAGUAUGAGGAUGCCGUACGUCCCUCGAGGAAGCAAGGCAUCAUGGGAGGCGAGACCCGACACUCUGGCCUUCAUCACGCCUAUUCCGAUGAUAAUAUUUACGAAGACAUCAUCUGUGACGUGACCCGAGAGCACCCCUAUGAGGAUGUAAAGUCCCCCAUGUGUCUCCCCCUUCCCAGACCUCAUACUCGAAAGCUGCAUUCAAAACCUCAAACCGUACAGACGUCAACCAUGACAGACGCUCAUAAGCCUGCACCCCCACAACGACACAUAAGCACCCAGAAACUUCACAAAGCACCUCCGUACGUGAAUAAGAUCGAGACCAUAUUUGACGACAAACGAGGGAGGAAGCGAGUAAAGAACCAGGGAGUUUCCAUGCGAGAGGAGACCAGUGGGACUGAAAGCGAUCCUGACGACGACACCAAAGCAGGUUUAAGGAGAUCCGUUUACAAACAGUCGACACUAAAGCGCCGGCCUGGCUACCGCACCUUGGAGAAAGACCUGAUCCAGGCUCAGCAGCAGCAGCUCUUCCAGAUCUUUGUGGUGGUCUCCCUGAGGAAAGGCUCCCCGGGCAACAGCUACUCUCCGGAAAUCACGCAGCAGUUCCCCAAAAUGUUUGAAAAGUCAUCACGGCUCUCGAAGGAAGCCGAGGAUCAGCUGAAGGUCAUCCCAAAGUUUUGCUUCCCCGACCCGCAAGACUGGAAGCCUUCUGUGCACGCUCCGAGUGAGACGUUCUCCUUCGUCCUGACGGGAGAGGAUGGGAGCCGCUGGUUCUGCUACUGUCGUAAGAUCCUGCCUGGCGGAAAGGGCAAGAGGCUCCCGGAGGUUCAUUGUGUUGUCAGCAAGCUGGGCUGUUUCAACCUGUUUGCCAAGAUUUUAGAGGAGGUGGAGCGUCGCAGAGAGAUCUCCCCGGCGCUGGUUUAUCCUUUCAUGCGCAGUGUGAUGGAGGCACCCUUCCCGGCGCCCGGCCGCACGGUCACAGUCAAGAAUUUCCUCCCCGGCUCUGGCAAUGAGGUGCUGACGUUAUGUCGUCCGGUGGAUUCCAGAUUGGAGCAUGUAGACUUUGACAGUUUGCUCGGGUGUCUGAGCGUGGGGAGACUCCUGCAGGUGUUUGCCUCUCUGCUGCUGGAGAGGAGGGUCAUCUUUGUUGCUGACAAACUCAGUGUGCUGUCCCUUUGCGGCCAUGCAGUGCUGGCGCUGCUGUACCCAUUCACCUGGCAGCACACCUUCGUGCCUGUGCUUCCUGCCACUAUGUUGGACAUCAGCUGCUCCCCAACACCAUUCCUCAUCGGGGUGCUGUCCCCCUGCUUGCCCCAGGUGCUGGAGCUCCCCAUAGAAGAGGUUCUCAUCGUGGAUCUGUGUGCAGACAAGUUUGUCACUCAGCUGGGGGAUGAGGACUGCAUCCUGCCCAGUAAACUACAGGCGGCGCUGCAGCAGAUUCUGGAGGAGAGAGACGACAUUGUGAGGCAGGAGGAUGGAGAUGACACUGAAGGUGAGACGGUGGACCUGUGCUCGCUGGUGUCGGAGGCCUUUGUGCGCUUCUUUGUGGAGCUGGUGGGCCACUACCCUCUCCACAUGGUCGAGUCCUCCGGGGGCAACAGGGAGCUUCAACGCGACACCUUCCGCAAGUCUCACCCGUCCCGCGGCGUGCGUCAGUUCCUGCAGCUUUUCAUGGAGUCGCAGAUGUUCGCCGGCUUCGUUCAGGAGCGAGAGCUGCACAAGGCCACGGCGAGAGGGCUGUUUGAGGUCAGAGUGGCUGAAUAUUUGGACUCUUCUCCUGAGCCACAACCAAGUGGGGUUAACAAGUUUCUCAAAGGACUGGGAAACAAGAUGAAGCUUCUACAAAUGAAAUGAAAAGCAUUUAGAUUGUGGAUUAAAGACUCAGCUCACUACAAGAAGUCCUCCUGUGUGACCUCACUCAUCAACCUCAGCAUUUGUUUACAUUGUCAAAUCCCUAACAUGUCCAAAAGUCUUAACAUGGGGAUUUAUUGUCACUAAGUCGCACCCUUUUUCCCCUUUGAACUGGAAUUGUACAUAUAUUUUUGAUACUCAUACUUUCCUAUGUUGUUCACAACCCUUGUACAGUAUUUGGAAGUUUUUUUAAAAAUUAAAUCCAGACGUGUCCUGCGUACACAGGCUCCAAGGGCACUAAAUGAUUUUGUGG